CUCAGCAGAAGCAACAUAGACCUACCAUUGCCCACGUUACCUCAGCACCUCCCUAGCGCUGGCCUCGACUUCAACCCGACUCCGUCGCUUCGCUACCUCUCUGACCAGCCCGGCUCUGGAACAUUGCUAUCGCCUUCUGCCCUCCGCCAUCCGCACUCCCCGCCAUCGCCUUUGCUCCGCUUGCCAGCGACAACGCUCCUGCAUCGUCAACGCGCCUGCACUCGCUCUCCUGACACCGACAACACCGAUUCCCUCACCAAGUCUCCUCGCUAACCUUCGCGAUGCCUAUGUGCGGUGGAACGAAGUCUGUGCAGCGCAAGCUGGUACUUCUUGGCGAUGGCGCAUGUGGAAAGACAUCUCUGCUUAACGUCUUCACAAGAGGAUACUUCCCCACGGUAUACGAGCCUACUGUAUUCGAAAACUAUGUUCACGACAUCUACAUCGACAACACGCACGUAGAGCUUAGCCUGUGGGACACCGCCGGUCAGGAGGAAUUCGACAGGUUACGGUCCCUUAGCUACGACGACACCCACGCCAUCAUGCUCUGCUUUUCCGUCGACUCGCCCGAUUCUCUCGAGAACGUCGAAACGAAAUGGGUUGGAGAGAUCACGGAGAACUGUCCGGGCGUCAAGCUCGUACUCGUCGCGUUGAAGUGUGAUUUGCGAAAACGAGAAGACGAGGAUGCCGAGGAAGGAGAGCCCGAGAAGCCGUGCAUCAACUAUGAGGAGGGUCUCCGGGUCGCAGAGAAGAUCAAGGCGUUGCGGUACCUCGAAUGCUCCGCCAUGAAAAACCGCGGCGUCAACGAGGCCUUUACUGAAGCCGCCCGCGUCGCCCUGCAAGUCAAAACGAGCAAGGACAAGAGUGGCGGUUGUACAAUCCUAUGAUUGCCCCGUUCCCCUGUCACCCUCUUAUUCGCCCGCAUUUCCCCCAUUCACAGCCACCACAUACAAAACAGCCCGAUACCUACCUUUUCGCCACCAUGUUCAUACCCUUUCUUACAUCUGCCUGCGGCUGAUUCAAUUUCUUUCUAGCAUUAAUCUCUGACGCUCCACGCAGUCGCCUGGAACAACUCAUACCCUGAUUCCUUUGGAUUUUAUCGGAUGGUUUUUUU